AUGGAGAGUGUUUCCAUCGAAAACUUACAAUCUGAGCUGGAUUUCUAUAGGCAAAACCAGGCUGCCGUAGAGCAAGAGAUAAGAACAUUGAUAGCUGACAAUCAGAAGCUAUCGCAGCAGGUUGGUACACUGCUGAAGGAGAAGUUACAGUAUGCGCAAGAGAGCCACGAUAACAAACAAAGCCAUGAGUUAGAAGAUUUGAGCAGACAAGUUGCUUUUCUUACAAAGGAAAGAGAUUCUCUUCACGUCCUCUGGCAGACAUCUCAAAAGACAAUAGAAGCAUUGGACACUGAACUAAAGACUUACCAACACUACGACAACAGAGUUGGAAAAUUGAAUUUCAAAGAUGAAAAUCGGGAAUUAGAAUUAAAAUUAGAAACUGCUUUAUCCGAUUACGUUGAAUUAGAAACAAAUUACAAGAAAAUAUCUGCAGAGUGCAAUAAUUAUGAAUCGGAAAUAAAACAUAAGGAAAGAGAACUUCUAGGUUUUAAAGAGAAAUGUAAAGAUUUUGAGAUUAAAGCAGAAGAAACAAAAAGAGCACUAGAAGAAUAUAAAAUUAAUUUAAUGGCAGAGAAGAAAACUAAUGAAGAUAUAAAGAAUCAACUAGCGAUGUGUCAAAGAGAUGCAAUUGAUAGAGUGAAGAAGGAAGCAGAAGCGAAAGCAAAGGUGGCCGAAGCACUUCAGUUGUUUGACCUUGUAACUGUUCAGAAAAAUGAAGCAUUGAAAAGCAUAUAUGAAAUGACACAGGAAGUGACAAAAUUAAAACUUGCCCUAGCGUCAGUAAAGCGUGAGACAGAAGAGAGUUUCAAAUCAGAACUUGAUGAUGUGAAGGAAAAGUACAACGAGAAAGUAACCGAUAUGCUUGAACACGUCAGGAAUUUGGACUCGGAGCUCGUCGAAAAGGGACUUUUAUUGAACAAAGCUUUACGGGAAAUCAAAAUUCUACAAACGAGUAAUGAGAACAUGAUAAAGCAACAAAGUGAGAAUUCCAAAUUCGUAGAUCCGAAGCUGGCGGUCGCUGAACAAAAACUUGAAACCAUGUUUCAGGAACUGUUAUGUUCAGAGCGGCGUAAUAUGCAACUUGUAUGCGAAAAGCAGACGUUAGCUUUGGACAUACAAAGAAUUCAGGAUACAUUUGCAAGAGAAACGAAACGGAGGGACUGGGAAGAGAAGUUAUUGAAAACUCAGUGUGAGGAAUUAAAAAUUCAAGUGGAGCAUCUCCAAAAAUCCCUAAACGAGACACAUGGAAUGAUAAAUAAACUCCAAAAUAUGAUGUCAUCAAGGACACAGCUAAGCCUAAAAAUGGUAUCAACUAAAGAAGAAGAACUAUUGGAAUUAAAUAAACAUUUAGAAAAUCAAAUGGAACUUAACAAGAAAUGGAAGGAAUCAUAUCUAGAUAUGACUGAUAAAUUAAAGAAGAAACUUGAAGCAUUGUACAAGGAGAACAAAGAAUUAAGGAUACAACUAAAUCUACCUCAUAGCAGCAGUUCAACUGAUAGCAUUAACAGUUAA